AUCAUAUUUUGGCCCAAUACAGGGAAGUGGGAGUGGAACAAAUAUGUGGGGGUGUCCCUUGUUGGCAAAACACUUGCUGUGAUGGGUUUUGGAAAGGUUGGAUCAGAAGUUGCCAGGCGUGCCAAGGGGCUUGGUAUGCUGGUGAUUGCACAUGAUCCAUAUGCCCCAGCAGAUUGCGCCCGUGCUAUAGGUGUGGAGCUUGUGAGCUUUGAUGACACCAUAGCAACUGCUGAUUUCAUCUCACUUCAUAUGCCUCUCACUUCUGCUACAUCAAAAAUUCUCAAUGACCAAACUUUUUCAAAGAUGAAGAAAGGAGUUCGGAUUGUCAAUGUUGCUCGUGGGGGAGUAAUUGAUGAAGAAGCUUUUGUGAAGGCACUGGAUGCGGGCAUUGUUGCUCAGGCUGCCCUUGAUGUUUUCACUGAAGAGCCACCACCAAAAGACAGCAAAUUGAUACUACAUGAUAGCGUAACUGUAACCCCGCAUCUUGGUGCCAGUACUAUGGAAGCUCAGGAAGGAGUGGCAAUUGAAGUAGCUGAAGCUGUUGUUGGAGCCUUAAGAGGGGAGCUUGCUGCUACUGCAGUCAAUGCGCCCAUGGUUCCUGCCGAGGUGCUUACAGAGCUCAAACCAUUUGUUGAACUUGCUGAGAAACUUGGUAGACUAGCUGUCCAAUUAGUGGCAGGUGGGAGCGGUGUGAAAUCUGUGAAAGUGACGUAUGCUUCUGCUAGAGCUCCCGAUGACCUUGACACAAGGCUGCUUCGAGCCAUGACCACCAAGGGUCUGAUUGAGCCCAUAUCCAGUGUUUUUGUAAACUUGGUGAAUGCAGAUUUCACUGCUAAACAGAGAGGUCUUCGGAUAUCCGAAGAACGUAUAAUUUUAGAUGGUUCACCAGAAAGUCCACUCAAGUCCAUCCAGGUCCAGAUUGCAAACGUGGAAUCAAAAUUUGCCAGUGCAAUUUCAGAGUCUGGGGAUAUUACAGUGGAGGGACGGGUCAAGGACGGGAUUCCACAUUUGACGAAAGUUGGAUCUUUUGAAGUUGAUGUGAGCUUGGAAGGUAGUAUUAUUUUCUGCAGGCAGGUUGAUCAGCCGGGUAUGAUUGGCAAGGUGGGAACCAUAUUGGCCGAAGAGAAUAUCAACGUGAGCUUUAUGAGCGUUGGUCGAAUUGCUCCGCGAAAGCAAGCUGUGAUGGCGAUUGGAGUGGAUGAGCAACCCAACAAGGAGUGUUUGAAGAGGAUCGGGGAGAUCUCGGCCAUUGAAGAGUUUGUUUUCCUCAAGCUGUAGUGAGGUGUCUAAUAUCUAUAGUCACUGCAUGUUUGUUUUGUGCCCAAUUUUGAUUAAUCUUCAUUUCUGUUUUGUUGUAGUAGGCUGCUGUGCAAUUGUGAGUGUACUUUAUGGAGCUGUGAUUGUCUAUCCCGGGAACCAAAAAAUGGGAAAGUUUUUUACCAUAUGAUGGUUUUUAUUUUUAGAACUCCAUUUUGUUAUUA